GUUUUUUUUUUUUUUUUUUGCCUUCUGCGCUUGCUCCAGCCUACUACCUCUUUAACCCUACCCAUAAUCUUCAACAUGAAAAUAAAAAACACGCCUCAAGAUAGGUUCAGUCACUUUGAUAAGCACGUCGACCGAACACCAAAUCUCAGUAGUCGAAAUCAGCGGCCUGGUUGGACAAGGUCUCGGUGCAAAUCUCCAUUUUCCGCCGAAGGGGACGCCAAGCAACACCCAGCUUACUACAACAAGAAGCGACGGCGGACUCCACCUUCUCUCAACAAGGAUGAUCUAACAUAUCAUCCUCAGCAUACCAGUGCAUUAUCAGACGAAUACCUUUUAGAAUUACGAAGAAAAGCAUUUACAGAGCUUCAUGUUCAGACCCAAGCUUAUAACGAUUCGUUCGUGGCCCGUAUGCAGUAUAUGGAAUCCUUGCCCCAAGAAGAACAACGACAUUUGUGGGGUAUGCUGACUGAUCCAAAUGAAAGCCCCAACGAUAAAGACACCCAGGCUGUGCUAGAGAUUAUUGAUAUGCUGGAGCGAAAUUCUGUGAAUGAUUAUGGCGCUUACCUUGAACGCCUUCAGACUCUAGAUGAUUCACCGUCUUCUCCUGAGCACGACGUUGGAGACUUUUGGUAAUGGCCAGAAGUGAACAAACUAUAUCUUCUUGUAUACACCAGCUUCUUACACCAUCAACUGAUACACCAUGACCGAACUCCACCAUCCCGGCUGUCUUUCGGCGACACUGCACUUCACCGUUCAAACCAACUACAUUUCUUUUCGUUUCGAUCCAUCAUAACAAAACUACCAAAAACAUCUAUAUAAUUAUAAUCCCACUGUCACCUUGAGUUUCGACCAUCGGCGCUUGUAUAAAAAAAAACUCCCCUCCCACACAUAUAUAAAAAAAACCUUAGUACUUCAACCAACCAUCUGGAUUUGUUACAAAGCAACCCUUUAAAGCAACGUAUAUAACUGUAGUAUUUUUCUAGACUCCACCUUCGAUUUCUCUUCAUUAUUUAUCUAUCGAUGUGUCGAAUUGUCUAAUACCUCUACCUCUAGAGUGUACAAGUAAAUAAACUCUAUUACACGCA